AUGUCCACCCAAAGCACGCGCCUCAAGGACGAGGGAACAAAACUGCAAGUCGUCUCCGCCGGCGCCAUAGCCGGCCUUGUAUCUCGCUUCGUCGUCGCGCCGCUCGACGUGGUGAAAAUCCGCCUCCAACUCCAGCCGCACUCGCUGUCGGACCCCCUCGCGCCCCUGCGCACGGCGCCCGCGCACCACGGCGCCGUCGCCACGCUCAGGCACAUCCUCCGGCACGAAGGCCUCGCCGGGCUGUGGAAGGGCAACGUCCCCGCCGAGCUGCUGUACGUCUGCUACGCCGCCAUCCAAUUCACCACGUACCGCACCACGACGCUGUUCCUGCAGACGACCCUGCAGACGCGGCUGCCCGACCCGGCCGAGAGCUUCGUCGCGGGCGCCGCCUCGGGCGCCCUCGCCACCUCCCUCACGUACCCUCUCGACCUGCUGCGGACGAGGUUCGCCGCUCAGGGCCGCCGCAGGAUAUACACCUCCCUGAGGGGCGCCGUCCGGGACAUCCAGCGGGAUGAAGGGUGGCGAGGCUUCUUCCGCGGCGUCGGCCCCGCGCUGGGCCAGAUCGUCCCCUUCAUGGGCAUCUUCUUCGUCACGUACGAGGGCCUGCGGGCGCGCCUGUCGGGCCUCGACAUGCCGUGGGGCGGCGAGGACGCCGCCGCCGGCGUCGCGGGCAGCGUCGUGGCCAAGACCGCCGUCUUCCCUCUCGACCUCGUCCGGAAGCGCAUACAGGUCCAGGGGCCUACGAGGGCUCGCUACGUCUACAGCGACAUACCCGAGUACACGGGCGCGCUGCGGGGAAUCGCCGCCAUUGCGCGCGCAGAGGGUCUCCGCGGGCUGUACAGGGGUCUCACCAUAAGUCUGAUGAAGUCUGCGCCCGCCAGUGCUGUCACGGUGUGGACAUACGAGCGGAGUCUCAAGUUGUUGAUGAGUCUGGAUGCAAGCCGAGAGGCUCCAUUGUGA